GACAUAAGACUAUUAUGGUUGAUCAGAAGUACGUGUGGUGUCAUAAAUGGUUGGUGCAGAUAUGGUCAUUGAUGUAGUUUGCCGAUUGUGGAUCUGAUCGCUCUAUUUUUUAUUUUAUUUUCUUCUCGCCUACAUAUAGCUUUGGUCUUAUAUGACUUUGCUAUUUUGUGGUGUGUUCUUGUGUGCGUGCGUUAGUGUUGGCUGUGUGCAUCCUAGCUAUGCAGAGGCCGGGUGUGCUCAUUGUGUUUGUAUCAUCUUGAUACUUCAUUUUGAGUCAAUAAAAUUCAUCCUUUGUCGAAAAAGAAGUACAACUUGUGACAUAAGACUAUUAUGGUUGCUUUAUUAACUCAGAGAACAUUUACAUCGUUCACAAGUUUGUUGCCAAUGCAGUCCGGGCCUCGUCAACCCAAGUAUGCAGUUUCAAAAAACAAGUAUGGUUUUCAAAGGCAUAAUUCCAUGAAGAAUUCUCCAACAACAUAUCUAACUUUAUGUGAAACUUGUACGUAGUUUCCAAAGCCAUAUAGCUGGUAUGUUAGAACCUCCCGAACUUGUUUUAGAAUUUGCAUGACCCCCAAACUUAUGCAUCCACUCACAAAGAAUGUUUUGUUCCUGUUUAGAUUUUUUUUGAGACAAUGUUCCUAUUUAGAUACCAAGCAAAGAAAUCAUAAAAGGCUACAUAAUUUAGAGGGAUUUGUAAAAUUCUCUGACGUCACGGUAAAGAUAUCAUUUGCCUGGUGUAUUGCCCCCUUCUUUUUUCACGUCAAAUUUUAACAAAGCAUUUAACUAACAAAAUAUCAAUGUAUGUCACGAAAGAUUAUACCGUUGAAUUCGUAUUUAAACAUAGUUUUUUAUAAUAUAUUUUUCUACAUUUAAUUUAUAUUUUAUUAGUUAUAAUUAUGAUGACCCUAAAUACGAGGGUGCCAAUAAAUCAGGAUGCAGGUAGUAUUAGCUGCUCGUGCAACACUGCAACGUAACAUUUUUUGAUCAAUAAUAAAGUCAGCAACUUUAGAUAUAAUAAUGGUCUGUCCAGGGGGCUCUUGAUCAACCGGAGAUAGCAUCGGUAGAAGUAAAUAAUUGAAAGAACAUUCCAUUCCGUCUGCCGAAUGGGCCCGUGGGACGCCGCUUCCAACAUUUAGCUGGCCCAGUAAAAACCCUAUCUACUUUCCCCUUUCUACUUCCACUCCAGUCGCCGCCGCGCCUCCACUCCACUCCAUUUUGCUUGUCCCCUUCAGUCCGCUCGCCGCCGCGUCUCCACCCCACUCCUCUCCGCUCCGGCCAUGGCCGCCAUCGUCGAGAACGUCAUGGGCUGGCGCCCCGGCGGUGUAAAUUCCGUGGCAAGUGCCGCCUCCCUCGCCCCCGCCGUUGACUACGACGGCGAGGACCGCAUCAGCGCCCUCCCCGACGACCUCCUCCGCAGCAUCGUCUCACGCCUCCCCGUCAAGGACGCCGCCCGCACCUCCUCCCUCGCCUCCCGUUGGCGCCACCUCUGGCGCUCCACCCCGCUCUCCCUCAACGACGCCGACCUGCCCCGAUCCAUCGUCGCCCGCGUCCUUUCCGACCACCCGGGCCCCUUCCGCGCCAUCCACAUCACCCGCUGCCGGUUCGCGUCCCACGAGCGCGAGAUCGCAGAGUGGCCGCGCCUCUUCGCUGCCAAUGGCAUCCAGGACCUCGUCCUCGUCAACGACGCCGACCUCGCCAGGUUCCCCCCCGACGCCGUGCGCCUCCCCGCGGACAUCCUCCGCUGCGCCUAG